AGUGGUGCGUCUGUUACGCAUCCGGUUUAUUUUAUAGCCUUGGGUUAUUAUAUUCGUAUCUUGUUAAUGGAAUUAUGGAAGCCUCAGUUAUUAUUUAUUAAACGGUCGGACCAGGACAGGGAAAUGGUUAAAAGGGAUGGGAGGAGCCUGAGUGGGGGAGCUUGGGGGAGUAUCGUUGUGGUGCGCCAGCGUCAGUGAGCGACUGAGCGGGUCGCAUGGUAUUGUCAAAUUAAGGGCAAAAGAAAGGGAGAGGGAAGCGGGGGCAUGGAUUGGAGUCUUCUCUCAUGGCUCUUGUCUUUCUUUCUCCUCAUAGCUCUGAUCGGCUUUAUCAUCUACCAGCUUAUAUGCUUGGCUGACCUAGAAUUUGAUUAUAUCAAUCCCUAUGAUUCAGCAAGACGGAUAAAUAGUGUGGUCUUUCCAGAGUUUGGCACGCAAGGGGCCCUAUGCACCCUCUUUCUCAUAUCAGGGCAUUGGUUUAUGUUUCUCUUGUGCCUUCCAUAUCUGUACUACAAUGUGAGAAUGUAUUCACGGAGGCAGCACUUGGUAGAUGUGACUGAGAUUUUCAACAUGCUUAACUGGGAAAAGAAGCAACGGCUUGCUAAGAUUGUCUAUUUAAUUGUCCUUGUCUUCUUGACCAUAUUCUGGAUGAUUUGGAGCUUAUUGGAAGAAGACAUGUAGUAGGUAAUGCUGCUUGUAUCUCUCCAACACCACAGAAGGUCCAUGAGGUAGCAACUAGCAAUUAGCAAAGUAGGCAUCUUCGGUUCUGCCUUAGUUGUGACACUUAAUUCUGCUAUUGAGGCCAUUUUAUUGGACUGAAGCCUUGAUUUAUUUAAUUGAUUUCUUGUGUACUUGUAAAUGUAUGGCAUUAUACUGCUUCAACUGUAAUUUAUUUUUCAUUCAGAAUUUGUUCAGUGGCAAUGACAUGAGCUUUGUUUAAUGGACAUCUUUUCAACGGCAAGAUGAAAAUGGAAAAAAAAAGGACGCAAUACAUGCAUAAUCUGGAAUUACAGAUA